UUUUGCCUGUUUCCUUCUGUGCGUUAAGCUGGUUUGGGUGCUGUGAGCAUGAUGGAGAAGGACGAAGAGAAACUUCUGGCAGUGGUAGUUCAACGGGGUGUGAGCGAUAGAGAGGGGCGGCCAGAGGCCAGUGUCACUGGGGUCCUGUGGCCCUUGGCAGGGUGCUGCUGGAUGGAGAUGACCACUGCUGCCCAGCACGCAGGCGACGCACUCGCGUGGGGAUGCAGAGAUCUGGUUGCUGGAGGUUCAGUGGAUGCUGAGGUUCAAUGUCAGGGCUGGGAGUGGUGUGCCACAUCUGAAAUGCUGUCCCCAGCUGCUUCUUGAACCCAGCAGCCUGCCCAGCAAUUUUCCAGCAGAGAUGCAGACCAUCUUUAGAAACUGCCCCUGUGUCAGUAGACUGCUGGGUGGUGGAUUUAAGGCAGCAGACAACCACAAAGCUGCUCCAGCCAAGACAUUGUAGACGAGCAGGAGAGGAAAGAACAGAGCACCAUGAGUGCUUUUGGAUCUUGCCUCUGUGUUUUUCUGUCCCUUCCCUCCUGCACCUCCAGGCUGUUGAUGAGAACAGUGCUAUUUACUGCCACCUCUGCAGAUGAACUGCUCCGCUUGUGGUGGUGGAUGGUGGUUAGGACUAAUUAGCUACUGUCUCUAAAUACCACCUGAGGCUGAAAGUGUUUGUGCUAUGUGCUGCACUGUCUUGCAACUGGGUGCUCCAUUUCUCUUUCCCAUUCACUGCUUCUGGGUUUGGAGCCGCUGCGGCAUGGUGGUGUGGCUGCAGGGAGCCGUCCUUGAGCCCCAGGAGGUCCAGGCAAUUGGUGGGUUAUUCUGACAACAGCAGCACUAAACCACUGGUGAUCACUUAUAGUGGUGAGGUGCAAAGUGUCCUGUGCCAGGCAUUGCUUCGUGCUUGUAAGGGUUGAAUUGCAGCACUGUCUCAGCCCACAACCUCUUGAUGCUGGUGUUUUCCCUGUGCUGUAAGAGCUUUGGUCAUCUCCCUGUUCAGUCUGUUGCUCCCUCUGCAGCCGUAUGAGAGUGGGGUUAGGUAUGUGUCUGCCUUCAGAGCAUAUAGUCUGUGUGGCUUCAUUAGAGGAGUUGCAGGAUGUGGGAUUUGUCUUCUGAAGACUUGGAAAUGUUCCAUCCUAAUGUGUAGUAACAGCCCUGCAUAUCAUUGCAGAGAGUUGAGAUGAGCCUGAAUUUCCAAUGACUGCACUGUUGAAUACCUGUAUAGGUUUGGAACAGCAGAAAAAAUAGAUAUCUGGGGUUCCUGUUUUCUGCAGAAGGAGGUAAAUGUAGCAGUUUAGCUGAAACACUUGUAGGUGAAUGAAAUCUUCAGCAGCAGUCUGUGAACGUCUGGCCUGCCCUCUCUCGAGGUCUGAGCUGACCCUUGCAGUCUACACCAGCAGCUAGGCCGUGGACAAGCUCAACGCUUCAGGACUAUCUGCACCUGAAUGUGCCUGUGCAUACAUUUGUAUUUCAUGUCUUUUAGCCAACGAACUAUGUCAGGAUGCACCUUCUCUCUGUUUUCCUGCAACACUUAGAAAGCAUGCCCUGACACUGCAGGAAUAUGCCUGCUCAAUGUUAACCUUCCUCAAACAUCCUGCUUUCACCACAAGGAACAAAUACCAUGCAGUGAUUUAUUUGCUUCCGCUUCAGGCACGUGAAAGACACUAGAAAAUCAAGGUGUAUUUGUGGUUUAGCCUUUGCAACUCUGCUGGAAGGGCUGUAUCUUUGGAGAGCAGACACUUAAGGCAGCAUAACACUUUAAAGAAAGGCUAAUGUUGACUAUACAGGUAAAGGCAGGGCAGCGAGAUACUGGCAGUUUUUGUUCUUGUCUGAAUACUUAAGCUCAGCCUGAUAAAUAUGUUGAGUCCCAGAGCAGAGAUGGAUUUCUGAACCUGGAUGUGAAAUCCAGCCUGUUCCUCUCCCCCAGGUUUGUGAAAGCCUCUUUUUCCUUCAAGCUGUGGUUCCACAGCCUUUCAUAUCAGGUUUGGACGCUCCAAAUAAUUUCUUAAUACAAACCUGACCUUUACCAGGUACAGGCACAGAAUCACAACCGUGCUGAAUGUGCCAGCCCAUGUGAUAUGGUGUUGAUGUUGGCCUAUGGUUUUGAGCCGUAGGAGAGCUGACCCAAUGCAAAGCUUUUUUGCACAAAUCUACCCAUCAGCUUGAUUUUAUACAGUGUCACUGCUUCGUGCUGCGUGGCUUGGGACCUUCUGACCAUCAGGCAGGAUUUUCCUGUAUGCCUGAAACUGCUCCUUUCCUUGCCUCAAACAUGAGGAAACAGUACUACGUUUAUACUGGUUUUACCCUGUGCCCUAUAGAAUCCUAAUACUCUUGACAUGUACAUGCUGCUAUUUAUCCUAUCAAUCACCUUAUCUUUAUACCUUAUUCCCCAGUUAGCACCAGGCUGUAGUGGCAUUGUCUGGGUCAAAACCAAGCUAUGUGUAGCAUCCCACUCACAGUUUGUUUUGCAACUCCCAGAACUGUUAAUUAAGGAAACCUUGCAGGCACCCAACUUUCUUCAAUUUGCACAUACUGCAAACCUUAAAAUAGAAUCUUAAAGUUUUGUAUUUUCCAUUUGAGGAUCUGAUUUUUAAAGUGCAUCCUAUCAGCAGGUAGCUCCUCCACUGCUCUGAAAGCAGAGCCUAAAGGAAUUGGUCAGUUGUCAAAGGUGACAGAGCAAAUCUAGGUCUGGGCUCUGAACAGCUCACUUCCAAAUCCUGGGCAGUAUACAACUCCUUCUCUGCUGUUCUCAUGGCUGAAGUACAAGUUCAUGAAAAAGCUGCUUGUGUGGUUAUCCCUGCAGAGGGGGAGCCGGCAUGGUUCAGGUAACAGCAGCACCAUCUAAAUUCAAUUGGCACAUCUCCUUUCAAUAAAACCUGUGACAGAGCUGCUCCUUCACCGAUUUUGUGAAGAAUAUCAGGGCUGUGUAACAUGGGCUACAGCAGUCCGUAUGGCUGGUAUACGUUGAUGUUGUUAGAUAAGGUUACUGCUUCCACAAGGCUUGACAGAUCCCACAAAGCAGUGACACUGGGUAAAAUUGCAUCCUGGGGGAAACAGCCAUUCUUCUCUGGCAUGGAUCUUCAUGCUUUGGCAACAGUUCAGCAUAGGACACCUAAUACUGUUCACCCAAUCCUUCUCCAAGCUAAGUACCAUUAAACCAUAUUGCUAGUUCUGACUACUUGUCUCCAUGGACCUAAGACUUCCUAGCCUGUUUGUAGAGCAGAGAUACUGUUAUCUAGGUGAAGAGCCAAGAACUAUCCAUGUCCCUUCAAAGCUGAGCAGGGCAGGCUCUGAAACAGGACCCCGAGGGCAGGAAACCAAGUGGAGCAUUGCCAUGUAUCUCUGCAGAGCAAGAAGGAAUCUGGUGUUCCCCCAGCAGACUAAACCCUUCCACAGCAUCUUUGCCUUCUUUGCUCUACUUGAAAUGUUUCUUGCUUUCUUGGUUGCAGGAAGCUGUUUUCCAUAUCUGAAUCGAGUGUAAACCAGCACUGUCCUUCUGCUUCUGGAGGAUGUUUUUAGUAUUUUUUUCCUCCUCUGAGCUGCUGCAGAGUCAAAAAGGACUCACCCUGCCAGCUUCUGCAGUAGCUAUUUAGAACACUGUGUGAAAGCAAUAAACCAGAUGAGAAUGGAUCAGUGACCCUCCCCACCUGCUUGCAGCUGCUCCAGCUUCCCAAAGGCAUGCUGGGAAUCUGAGAGGGAUGGCUAGAGAGAGGGGUGGGCAAGAAGGGCUCAAGGCACUGAGUUGCUACCAGCCACAAGGCCUGGAGAGAAGGGAAGUCUGGCAGAUUGGGCUUGUGGCUCCUUUACAAGGUCCACGAGGAUCAAUCCACUUUUGCUAACACAUUCCCCAUCUUUAUUUUUGUGUGUUUUCAUAGCCCUGUGCAUCUGUUAUGAAUUGGUCAAACUGUUUCCUGCUCCAUGCCCUUGUACACUGGCCUUGAACUGCACAAAGGCAGUUGAAGUUGGAAGGAAACUGAUAUAGAAUCCCAGACUGGUUUGAGUUGAAAGGGACCUUAAAGCUCAUCCAGUUCCAACCCCCUGCCACAGGCAGGGACACCUUCCACUAGAGCAGGUUGCUCCAAGCCCCUGUGUCCAACCUGGCCUUGAACACUGCCAGGGAUGGGGCAGCCACAGCUUCUCUGGCCAACCUGUGCCUCAGCACUGUCACAGGGAAGAGCUUCUGCCUAAGAGCUCAUCUCAAUAUCUCCCCUCUGGCAGGUUAAAGCCAUUCCCCUUGUCCUGCCACUACAGGCCCUUGCAAAAAGAUAAAGGAAGAUGAUAGGAAAUGGAAAAACCCUCCAUCAUAGUUGUAUACACACAUACAUGUGUAUGUAUACACCUACACAGGUAUGUCCCCAUGUAGAUGUAAGUGUAUAGACUCAAAUAGACACAACUUCAAGCACUGCACAUCCUGACCUGCCCCCCCUCCCCAUAGUGCCUGCAGCAAGGGAAGGGGCUGGUCCUACCACGGUGCUUGGCUCUGGGGUGCGACCCAGAGGAGACACAUGUGCAGGGACCACACCAGUAGCACCAUUCCCGCUACACCACACAUGCAUGCACCAUGAGCGUGACACCUCCUGAGCCACCAGCCGGGGCUGUGCCCAUGGGGAAGACAGGGACGCAUGGCAUGUACCAUCAUUACACUUAGAGUUGUGCCAUCUUUACAACUGGUGUAUAAGUGGUCGCUUUUGCUUCUCUCAAAGGUACAGGACAGUGUCCUCUUCAGACAUGAAGUGCAGGCUCUGCAGCCCGAGCAGUUCCCAUGCAGGAGUUGUCACCGCGGGCCUCCCUGGUUCUGCUUGGUCCCCUUCCAGACCACCAAGGAGACGUGAGGCUCUAGCAGGAACCUGCGAGCCUCACGUGCUGAACCACUGCUUGCCAGGGCUCACACCGAGCUUCCCGGGAUACUGAGCUGCUGCUCAGGAGCCUGGCCACUCCUCAUUCCUCCCUGUGCUGCUGUCAGUGCAGAAUCGAUGUCCAGUUUGGGACACAGGGUAGAGCCAAGUCCAUUACCAUCCUCUGUGCCCUUAGCAGACAGGGGGACCAGGAUGGACCCCCUGCUCCAAGGGGGAUCUGUGUGAGGAAGGGACAAGGUUUGGGCUGUCCCUAGUAACUCUGGUGGGAAGAGCCGGCUCCUUCCUCCUCUCCAGCUGGGGACUGGGUCACUGCUGGAAGCUGGGAAUGGCACUCUGUGGAUCCACAGCCAGGGCCAGCAGUCUGUCAGCAGAGCACUAGCAGGGUCUGAGCACCACCGUGGGGCUUGUUGCUGCCAGGGGGCUGCUGCCGUCCCCACAGCAGGGAUGUAGGUGCCGGGCUAGGGCAGGUCCUGGGAGCAAUGGGCCGGCUGGACGACCAUGCUAAGAGGAGGAUCGUGGAGCUGCGCAGGGCUGGGCUGAGCUUCCGCAAGAUCAAGAAGGUGCUGGAGCUGGACGACAUCCGCGUGACGCCGCAGGCGGUGUACCUCUUCCUCAAGCGGAAAAGCGUGGAGCCGGGGUUGGCGGCAGCUGCUUGGGACAGGGACCAGCCCUGGCCCCCGCUGCGGGGACAAGAGCCUGAGCUGCCCAAGCUGACAGGUCCCUGGCCCCAUGCAACGCCUGGCAGGGACCUGCUGGGCAGCCAGGGCCCCGCAGCCGGCCCCGAUGCCGAGGAGGGCACCCAGAGUGUCAGCGCGGCCUCAUUGUGCCAGGGCGGUGGGCAGCGCGGCGAGGCCCUCCCCAUGGGGCUGCCCCCCAGGAACGGCGAUGGCAGCUCCACAGGUGCCCCCUUGGCUCCAGGGAUCAUGGCCAGCCCCCACCAGCCCCUACCCAGCCGAGGGCGGCUGGGCGCACCCCCUGCCAGGAACCCAGCCCUGAUGGUGAAGAAGCAGCUCGUGGACAGGCCAAUUCUCCUGCAGAGAAAGGUCAAAGAUGCCAGCACUCAGACAGUCCCACCGAACCCCACGAGCCCUGGAAAUCCAAGCCUUGCUUGGGGUGGUUCAGUACUUCCCCCUGCUCCCAGCUCCCAUUCCAUUGCCGAAAAGCUGGAUGCUGUACAGACGGAGAUCCAGAAGCUGAGCCAGGCCCUGCACAUGAUGCUGGAGAGGCAGAGCCAGCUGGAGCGGCAGCAGGAGCACCAACAGCGGCUGCAGCAGGAGGUGCUGGUGACACUGCAGCAGCUCAGCUCCACAGUGAGCCAUGGCACUGUGCUGGCCAACCAGCCCUGCGUCCCCUUCAACAGCAUGGCCGAGCCCUCGCCCACCAUGCCAAGCUUCAGCCAGUUCAAGAUGGAGCUCAUCUGAGCUCAUGUGGCACCAGCAACGCUCUAGCAGUGACACGCUGAUGGCAGGAUGAGGCUGUGGAGAAGAACCACCUCGUAGAGGCUGUGGCUUAAGGACUACGGGGCAUCCAGCAGAGAAGGUCACAGGUGGCUCAUGUCUUCAGCCCUGUUGACUGAAAGGGGCUGCCUGGCACAAGACGCAGGGCAGUAGAAAGCUGAGGCCCCACUUCUGUGCUGCCUAAUGUGGCUGGUGCUGGUGCUUGCUGGUGGCCUAUGGACUUCAUGGACUUCAGCAGCACAGACAGGCUGCCCACAAGGGGAAGAUGCAACCGAGAAAGAAACAGCAGGGAGGUGGGUCUCGAAGGAGGUGGGAGGCUUCCUCUCAUGAGGGUCAGUGCCAGAAUGAUCAAUCAGGGACGCUUUGUGCUCUCCCUCUGUGGGGCCUUGUUCAGUAAAAAUGUACAUACACCACCACAGUUCAGAAA